AUGGCAGAUGACAAAGAAGAGCAGCAGAAGAGCAGCAAACGGACGAGCUGGAAGCCGACGCGGACAAGCUUCGUCGCUGAGACUCGACAGGAGCCCAAACAUGAAGUUCACCCGACGAGCGAAUAUGAGGUCAAGCUCCCUCGCAAGGUGCCGAUCAGCUCGUCCCGCAGGCCCCUCGUCGACAUCCUCUCCCACGACGAGCUGUGCAGCCUGUGCCAUAACAUCCCCAAGAUAGAGCUGCAUGCCCAUCUUUCGGGAACAGUCAAGGAGAGCACGUUGAACGAGCUGGGGAGAGCCAAAGGGCUGGACAUCUCGAAGAUGAAGUUCACGCUGGAGUCGCUGGCAGCAACAGACUCUCUUGAGCAGACUUGGAAGGAGACGGUCGAAGCCUUCGACAACAUCCGCAAGCUCACUGCCUACGACCUCCAUGUCCUCCGCAGGAUCAUCAACGAGGCCAUCGAGAUGUACGCGGAAGACGGAUGCGUCUACCUGGAGCUUCGGACGGGGCUGAAGCAUCUGCCAGACAGGAAGACGUUCUUGUCGGAGGUGAUCUCAACCAUCAACUUGGCGCAGGGGAAGCAUGGCAUCAUCGUACGGCUCCUCGUCAGCGUCGACCGGGGAGCGUCCGUGGAAGACGCGAGAGAGACGAUUUCGAUCGCAAUCGAUGCGUACGAGUCUCAGAGCAAAGGCGGAGGGCAACGGGGAGGAGGAGUGCUGGUGGGUGUUGAGAUGGGCGGCAACCCGUUGCGGGGGAACUGGGACGAGCUCCGUCCGCUGUUCCAACAGGCCAGAGACGCGGGAAUGAGAGUCUCUUUACAUUUCGCAGAGAACAAAGGACACGAGGAAGAGCACGAGAAGAUCCUCGAGUUUCGACCUGACAGGCUGGGACAUGCUGUGUUCAUGAGCAAGAAGAUCACCGACAAGGUCCUGAACACCAAGACACCAGUGGAGGUAUGCAUCACGUGCCAUGAAGCCUACUACAAGGUAGACAGGAAGAAGAACGUCUUCGGGAUCCUCAAAAGUCACAAUCAUCCAGCUAUCCUCUGCUGCGACAACGCGUGCCUCCUCCACACCCUCCUCAGCAAGGAGUGGGAGGUAGCGAUACAAACCUUUAAGCUGACAGCAGAAGACGUACAACACAUGGUCCUUGACAACGUCGAUGCGAUCUUUGCCGACAGUGUGACCAAACAGAAGCUUCGAGUGCAAUGCGAGAAUCGGCUCAAGUCAUUGUUUACCAAGAGCGAAGCGCCACGAGCAAGAAAGUCAGGAGGAGGAGGAUGGCAAUCUUUGUUGUUCUUGUCAUUGUCAGCAGCGUGUCUGGGAGGCCUCUACUACCUUCGUGUCGUCAAACGAGCAAUCUAA